AAAGUUGUUCAAAAUGAUACUCUUAACAAUAUACUCCAAGGUCAUCGAAAUCGGAGUUGUUUCGGCAACGUUCACCUUUUUAAUCAAACGUGGGACCAGAUUGUAUUUUAACAAUAAUUCCACGUAAACAGACUCAUUAAUUCAUGCAUACGACUAACGUAGAAAACCAAUGACGAUACACAGUAAUGAAAAAAAAAAGCCAUAUCGACUGCAUCGCAACCGUAACCUAUGCUUCGCCAUUUCCGUGUCUGUGAAGGCCCCGGUUGUGUGGUUGAUCCAAUUAAACCAAUCAAAUUACUCCGCUAUCGGUCGCAUUCGACCUCUUUCGACUGGGCAGUAAAUCGCGGAGCUGCUGCGACGAAUGUUCUCGUUCGGUUUUUGUUUCGCUUCGUAUCGGGAUGUAUUUAAUCGAGGACCAGUUUCCUCCUACGUGCACGCCAGGAAACGAAUCGCAAGAGUGUCGAUCUCUCGUUUGGAAAGGUCCUAGGUUCACGGCUGAGAAGGAGUUUUUCCAGGCGCAUAGAUGGCCCGAGGAUCAAGAACACCUGAAGCCGCAGAUCGUCCACGCACUUUCCAAUGCAGAGCUGUACUGUUUGGCGCUGGCAAAUAUUUAUUCGGAUCCAAAUUAUCACAAUCAGAAUCACUGCGGUAUUUUGCAAGCUCUCGCCAGGAAGGGUGUUUAUCUCGCGGAGCCAAACAAUACUCAACUCACCGAAACGAUCCUCAUUCAAAAUUCACCACUCAAGAUGUCUGCGCAUAUGGCUGUGAUAGAGGGCCUGAUGGUCCUGUAUGCGAAAGAAGUGGUGACUGGGGACCGCGUCGUCUCAGCGAUUCGACGAUUCGAUCCUCAGGCUGACGUGGAUGUCCCAGGGGAUCACGAAAGGGGUCUUCUUCUUUGGAUAAGCCAUGCGUCGCACGCGUUGAUCGCAAAAAUCCAAACGGAAGAGGGUGCCGGGGAUAAAACGCGAUUGCCGGAGCUGCCCGCUGCCAAGGACUUCCAAUCACUCUGCGAUGGCGUCGGUUUAGCCGCGGUCGUGGCAUAUUAUUGCCCAGGGGAACUGAACUGGAUGGACAUCCGUGUGUCGAAGAGACCGUCGGUAGCGGACGCCCUGCACAAUCUGUCGUUGGUUCACGCGUUUUGUAACAGAUGUUUACCGUAUUCCAUUUUUCACAUGCAACCCGAGGACGUGACGUACAUGAGAGGGUCCAUGAAGCAAAAUUUAGUUGUUUUCCUGGCGGACAUGUACAACGUAUUGGAAAUUCAUCCUGCAAAGUGCGUACGUUACCCCGGCGAGGAGAGGGCGAUGCAAUUCCUAGAUGCCUGCCCGCGCAAUAGUCAUGGCGUAGCUCAUAAAAGAAGUCUGCCACAGUCUAUAGCUCCGAUACCUGAUCUGAGAAGCAACCUCUCCGUAUCCGCGCCAGGCUUCACAGUUGCGAAAGCGUCGUCAUCCCCCUCUGUGAAGAAGUCGCAGUCGUUGCAACAAACUGCCGAGAAUUAUUCGCACGAUGACAGACGAGCUGGGAGCGAAGAAAGUUUUGUAGUCCAUCGUGGCAAAGGCAUUCCUACGUUGAGCUCUGUAGCAGACGAGAAAUCGCUAGCUAGAGCAGAUGCCGCUGGUCGGCCGAGCAACUGGGAAGACCAGAGGAGAAGUUCUUACGCUGGUCGUCGAUCUCGACGUAACAGUGUUUCGGACGACUCUCAGUUGACGAUUGAAAACUUUGGCGGGUCUCAGGAUAAUUUACACAACUUCGGUAGAAAUCCGGACAAGGAAGUUGGAGCUCAUAUAGGCAAACGAAGUACGACCGAGCCUACGUUGCCUGCGAGAUCUAGCGUUCAGGAUGUGUACGGUAGUGGCGUGCAACACAUACUCGCGGACAACGGUUAUGGAAAUGACGAGCCCCCAAGAUUGAGAAGGCAAGCUUCGAAUUCUAGCUUGGACAACGUCGCGCUCAAGCAAAUUUUACAUUCCAGUGAAAACGAUAAUUCGGAAGGGGACAACACGUCCAAAUUAGCAAGCUUCGCGAACUUGAACAGGCAAAGCUCGGAAAAGAGUAGCAUUAACCUGAACUAUACCGAGUCCGAGGAUAUUACUACGAAAUCGAACCUUUCGAACAAGAAACACGGUCAAACCAAUGGCAAUGGAAACGGGGAAAAGAAAACUACGUUCGCUACCUUACCUAAUACGACGACAUGGCAGCAGCAAAGUAACCAGCAAUCCCAGCAAGCGGAACAACAUUCUGCUGAUGAAAACGGUGGUAACACGAUUAUGGCCUCACAACUGAAUAAUAUUAGAUUGAAGCUGGAAGAGAAACGUCGUCACAUAGAAAAUGAGAAGAGGAGAAUGGAGGUUGUUAUGUCGAAACAGCGCCAGAAAGUGGGGAAAGCUGCAUUCUUGCAAGCUGUUACAAAGGGUAAGGUUAAAUCUCCCUCUUCAUCAACGUCUGGGGGGGACAGUCCGGCCGAAAUCGGUCCCCCCACUCCUGUAACCUCCGGAUCUUCGGGGGAGACCCCGUCAAGUGUUUCCGAGACGACCCCCGUACCCCAACAACCCUUUCAAGAAAAACCACAGAGACCCUUCUCGCUCAAGGAAAUUAGUGAGGAUGUUCGGGACGUUGAACAUAAAUGGUUGGAGCACGAUGGUAAUGCACCAUUUAUUGAAACAAGACGUACCCCAGACAUUGAAAAUAUGGAUCUUGACCAAUAUCAUCAGUCUAUAUCACAGAUGAAUAGCAGUCUUAGUGAAAUACAAGCUGAUAUACAACGCUUAGCAAAUCAGCAAAAUCAGAUACAGCAGCAACAUUUAAUGACCCACCACCAACAACAAAUGCAGCAUCAAUUGCAACAGUUACAGAGUCUUAGUCAGCAACAUAUGCAAAGUUAUGGAAUAACACCCAUAAAUCCGAUAACCCCAAAACUACAAGAUUCUCAACAAUCACAGUUUUAUUUACACGAUCAACCACAGUUACAAAGACGAAUGUGGGGUCAACCACCUUCUACGCAAAGCUUAGCAAAUGAAAUGGCCGCAGUGGGUUAUCAACAACAAGUAGAUUCGCGAUAUAAUUCUCCACCAUCAGUUUAUCAUCAAGAUAUGCGCUUAUUUCAAGACACACGGAAUUGGGGAACACAUCCACCUCAACAAAAAGGAUUUGUUUUACAUGAUACUUCUCAAGAACCAAGGUACCUCAAUGGUGGAGAUCAUAGUCUUUGUAAUAAUCAAAUGAGUCAUCCUGGGUCUACAUAUCCAACAUCUUCAUCUAUCUUUAAUCAAACACCACCGUCUUCUGCUAGUCCACAACAUCGUAAUGCGGUUCAUCGAAUAAGUCAGUUAAUGAGUGAAAGCCCCGAACCAAAAAGGCCGACAGUACAUCACAUACCAAUUAAAUGCGACAGUCCUACCGAAAAGAGACAAGUUACUGCGUUACAUACUCCUGUUCCAGCUCCACCCGUCGACGAUAUGAAACCUCAAAAUAUAUCAUUUAUUGGAAACGAUGAUGAACUUUCGCAAGGUAUAAGAGGUUUACACAUCACGUCUGGUAACCGUACAUAUAGAAUUCCAUCGCCAACUAGACCUUCAAUAUCACGUAAUUCAUUUCAACCUCAUCCAUCGUUAAGAGAAGCCACACCAUCUCCAUCAGGUACUCCAGAGGUUACACCUCUCGAUCCAACGGAUGCUGGUGAAAAAGGGUUCUACAUUUGUUUCGAUAACGACGCGCCGAAGAAACCAAAACCGACUCUCAGAGUAAAGAGAACAUCUCCUAAGAAGGAAAGAACAGCAUCGUCGUAUAUUGACAACGAAGAUUUUACGGUACGUUCUGAGUCUCCUUCUGCUAUUUCUGAUAGACAGAAGCUCCUAGAAAUUCGACGAGAUUCAGAUCGAGAAAAGCAACGUCAACUAGAUGAAAGGGAAUUUCAACGACAAGAAAUUAGAGAUAGAGAGUUACAAAGAGAAGAAGAAAGAGAAAAGCAAAGAGAACGACGUGACACCAGCGCAGAAAGUCGCCAAUCUGGAAUUGGAUUAAUAAUUGGAAAUCAACUUGCAAAUCCUGAUCCAAAUUCAUUGGACGAAAUGGAGCGGAAGAAAGAACGUAUAAUGCUUCAAUCGUUACAAAGAAGACAGCAGCAAGAAGAAAUGAAAGAGAGAAAAGAGGCAGAAGCACAAGCGCGUAGGGAACAAGAGAAAUUAAAAGCAGAGGAAAGAGCUCGUAAAAAAGAAGAAGAAAGACAACGAAGAGCAUCUAUUUUAGAACAACAUAAAGUAAAGAAGGCGAUAGAGGAAGCAGAGAGAGAAGGCAAGGUUAUCGAUAAAGAACUUCUGAAUGCAAUAAAACCAACAAAACUGCGCAAUAAGACUGCAACAACCCGACCACGACCCAAGACAAUUCAUGUGGAUGCUGGGGCGGAAUUGGAUUCUGGGGCUCUGACGCCUAGUCGUGGAAAAAAGGGUUCUUCUUCUAAUUUAAGUACAGCGUCGCUGACCUCCCCGACGAUGAGGCGAGACUACUACCGAGGCUCGCAGGACAGUCUUACUGCUGCCCAUUUUGAUGACCGACGAUCCGGCCCUCUUUAUCGGGGCGGCAGUCUCAGGGUAUCUUCCGUAGAUUCGCCCGACGAUGGUAGAGGAUCCUCGCCUUGUCGAAGCAUGAAUCAACUUGGUCGACGUGGUUCCUACAAGACAUCUAGAGAUGUGCAGGAGCCUCAGCAACAGGUUAGAGGCAGGCCUAAAUACCCGAGUUACCAAAACUUUAAGGGGAGAAAGUCUAAUUCCUUGAUGAAUUUGUGUGGUUCGAGUAGUGAUCAAGACGGUAUGAUGUGUCGAUACACAGAUACGGACAGCGGUCUGGGCAGAGCAACACCACCAAGGAGAGCACCAAGUCCGGGAAUGGGUAGCAUGAGGCAUUUACCUUCUCCAUCAGGCCCUGGCUCUUUACCUCCUGGUUUAAUGACGAAAAGAAGAGUGUUCGAUGAUGGUAGCAGCGACAUCAGUAGCACACCCAGUUCAAUGAUGGACUAUAACGGUCCAAGAUUGUAUAAACAGCCUACGACUAAGUCAAAUCGUGGUAUUAUGUUAAAUGCUGUAGAAUAUUGUGUAUUUCCUGGUACAGUAAACAGAGAAGCAAAAAGAAGAGUUUUGGAUGAAAUUGCAAGAUCGGAAAGCAAGCACUUUCUUAUUUUAUUUCGAGACGCUGGUUGCCAAUUCCGGGCUCUCUACUCAUACUGCCCUGACAGAGAAGAAGUAUCGAAAUUAUAUGGCACUGGACCGAAACAAGUCAACGAUAAAAUGUUCGACAAAUUUUUCAAAUACAAUUCGGGAGGAAAAUGCUUUUCACAAGUUCAUACGAAGCAUCUGACUGUAACCAUAGAUGCCUUUACAAUACAUAAUAGUCUUUGGCAAGGAAAAAAAGUGAAUUUGCCGAACAAGAAAGACAUGCCUCUCGUCAUAUAGUUUUACACAAGUGUCACACUUAACAUUAUGCUACUAUGCCCUCUGUUGUUCAUAGUUACUAUUUUAAUACAGGCCCAUAUUAAAUUAAUGCAAACGUUGCGUUCUUAGUCAAUUUUAUAAGGACAAAUGAUUGAUGCUGACUCGGAGAUGUGAGCAAUCUCGUCGAACGUUUGUAUGAUUGCGCACUAUUAUCGAACGGAGUAUUGUUACCAUACGUUUCCUUUUAAUUUUUGUUUUAUUUUUGUCUUUUUCCCCUUUUAAGUUAACGUUAGCAUCAAUCACUGUGUCGUAAGAUUACCAAUAUCUACCAUAGGAAUGGUUUGUUGUCAGUAUCUAAUAUCUUUGCGGACUAACUUUCGACGUGUAACCGCCUUGUAAUCAUGUAAGCUACUGUGUUGUAAAUGAAAGAUGUGACUGAUAUAAAGGUAUUAUAUUUCUUAUAUUCUUUUUUUUGCUAAAAGAGGCAGGACUUUCAUGAAUGUCACGUAACGAAUUUCGUCUUUACAUUGCAUAAAGUAAUUCGCACACGUUUCGUCGUUGCGUGUAAAUUAAAAAUCUCGUAAUUAUUAUUACAGUAGUACCAUUGUCUUUUACUGAUUGAUCGCUAAACGUUAAUGGAGGAUCAUUAAUUUGAACGUGUUUCUGAUAGAGCCAACAAUGAUUCGAAUGUUCAACGUGAUUUUUGUAUGUAUUUAAAAUUAAUUUUGAUAAAACAGUAAACAAAUAAAAUGCUUGCCGUGUGUUAAAUUUUUACCUGUAGUACAGUAAGAAGAUCUACAUUUUUUAUUAAACGAUUUAAAGCUCAAAAUUGUUUCAUCCAAAUUCUUUCAAUCGUUGUUUCGUCGUAAAUUCUGCUGUGUGUCUCAUUGUCACUAUUGAAGGCUAAUUAAUGAUUCCUCGUUACACAGAAUUUGUAACUGUUGACAGUUGCAACUACAUAGAGAGGGUGCAAGUAAACUAUAAGUAGAAACACUAGGGAUUGGUGGAACGCAGUGAAAGAUAGAAAAAUGUCAUAACAAACAUAUGUUGAGUAGUUUAUAUUUGGCAAGUAAGGUUGAAUUUAUAAUAUUAUGUUAAUGAUAGUAAAUUUAUCAAGUUUACAAUUAAUCGAUCCGUUGAACUUUCGAAGUUAAGGGACUUACACAAAAUUGAAGUAUACGAAACAAAGCUCAACUCACUUUCUCUCAGUAGUUCUAAUAGAAGUAUUAAGAAGAAUUGUUAACUUCCAAACCAACAGUUGAGGAGUAUGAAUACAAAUCAACAUUAUUAGAGGUAUUUGGUUAAAUAUCUCUGAAAUUGUUAAUUUUUAGUCAUAUGUUUUUUAAACAGUUUUAUAUCUUCAAUGAAUUCUAACAAUCCCUAACAUUUUUUCCUGUAGUUUACUUUCAUCUCGCGUAGUGUAAUUCGUUCGUUGAAAAGUAUAAGUACCAGCUCACGAACAAAAGUGGAUAUGUAUAUAAAUAAGUUGAUUUUGAUUAGUGAAAGAGAAUACCAAAUCAGCCUUAAGAUCAAUCUGAAUGUAAUUGAUGUUAUGCGAGGAUGUUUCUUUCUUUACUGUGUACGUACGUGAUAAUUUAUAAUAUGCUGCGUUGAUUUGAAUUUUUGAAGCGAGUUCUGUAAAGUGUGCAUUGGUAUAAGAUAGAUUCACAAGGAUUUGAAAAGAAAGAAUUGGACUGUACCAAACAGUACCAAAAUUAAAGGUGUUCUCUGAGGAAAAGUAAUUGGUCUUGGUAACUGGUGAGAAUUGUUGAAGAGUGCGAAAACGGAUACGAACUGGUGAGAUUUUCGAUCGAAUUGUUCUACUUCCUGCGCGCAUUACAUACUUAUUUUUUAUGACGUACGAGACCGUUUGAAAUCUUGUAUCGUUUUUGUAUGUUGUAAGAGGGAAGCAGAUAAUGACUUGAUAAAUAAGUAUUAAAGACAACAAAAUUUCUUUUAUACAUAGUUUUCCGAUUGAAUGUUUAUUUGAAUUUUCUAGGCCUACUAUGAUUUUAAUUCAACAUAUCUGCGUUCCUCUCGAUUCAGAAGACUGGAGGUGUAUUAGCAAUUUAUUUAUGAACGUUUUAAUGUAUUGAAAAUUUUAACGAAGUGAACUAAAGUUUAACCAGUUUAAUAAGUUGGUUAGUCCCCUUUGAGAGUUUUGUCAGUAGCAUACAUGGAUUUCUUUUCAGGUCUAAAUUGCUCCUUUUAACAUGGUUCUCAUCUCCUAAUGGAACGUGUCAGUCCAAUUUCAAGCGAAUGUAAUAUGCGGUCCGUACUGUACAUGAUAAAUAAUUAGCAUAAUAAUGUAAUGGAAGAACUAUUUAUUGUGCCAUAAAUUUUAAUGUCCGCCUUUCGUGUGGGACUGGCACUGACCUUCCAUCUUGACGAUUCGAUCUUUUUAACGUAUAUGCAAUUCGUUUGUCGUAAUAUGCUAAUAGAACGAAUGGAUAGAAAUAGAUAGAGAUAAAUACAUUUUUGUACAGAAAUAUGGAGGGUCUAUUCCACUAUAUCAUUUUUCGGUUUUGUUCGUUUGUCGCUUAAGUUAUAUUAGCAUAUUGUAAGAUUAAUUCAUUUUCUAAUCGUUUCAUUUUUGUAUAUCUAUUUUAACUUGGCGGGCAUGUGCAUGGAAUUUCGAACGAUGAUGUUGAAAGUGAAAAAAAAAAUAGAAGUAAAGAAACGGAGAUUGGUUCACUUUAACAGUAGACCCCCUAUAUUCUGCAAUGGCGUAACACAACCGUAUUGAUUAUUAUUAAGUAAUUACGUAACAUAUCGAAUUUCAUGUUCUUCAUGAUUAAUCGCGGAAAAUAUAUUUUUAAUUCGCAACGAUAAACUUGGUUCAAUCGUCCCAAUGAUUUUAAGAAUCUCCAGUACGAGGCGAACUCAUGUACGUGGGGCUUAAAAAAAAAACAAGAAGAAAUUUAAAAAAUCCGUCGUUUAUAGUAUCCAAAGAAAUUCAUUAUUCUAUUCUCGUCUAUUGUAAAUCUACUGCGUAUCGUCGUAAAUGUGGUGAAUAGAGAAAUUUUUGCGAGCUUCAAAUCCUGAAAUAGUCCGACUUGACAAUAUUGAACGUGAAGUAAACGCCAUAAGAUGAAUUGUAAGACGUGGACGCGAGUCGCGGUAAGUCUAUAAUAACGACGUAAACGAAAUACAGUGAAUGAAAAUUAUGAUAACGAUGUAGUCACUAAUCUUAAGAAGUCAACAAGAAUAUCGGCUCGUGUAUACGGGAUUGAACAAAAAGCUACAAAAAAGUUAAGAAAAUGUUUAAGAAAAGGAUGUAAAAGUGUAGCUGGAAAGAAAGAUUGCUUGUGCUUGAUAUUUAUAUUUUUCAAAGCAGAGAAUAUUAUUAGUGAGCUGGCACCGGCGGGAUAAAUAAUGAAACGAAAACAGAGAUACGAAUGGGAUAUAAAUAAUCGCGCUUACUAAUAAUAAACUAUUACCUUUUAUGUAACAAUCCUUCAUUUUUAUUGUCACGAGGAAAAAAAAAGGAAAGUGAAACUUUGUCAAAUCAUACAUGUUCGAUUUAUCCAUGUCUGUAAAUAUUAUGUUUUUAUAUACGCAUAAAUGAAACUACCACUCGA